AUGUCCGAUGGCCUGUUGAAGCCCGAGAAGGACUUCUCUAAGGACGCCGACAAGGUCAUCCCGGAGGCGGAGGCUUUGGCCAAGAGCGAUGUCCAAGGUGCAGUGGAUAAGCUGUUGGGCCUGGAGAAGCAAGCACGUCAGGCAUCCGAUCUUGCUACAACCUCACGUCUUCUAGUCGCCAUUGUCACUAUCAGCAAGAACUCCGGCGACUGGGCCCUCCUCAACGACCAGGUGCUCCUUCUCUCCAAGAAACAUGCCCAGCUCAAGCAAGCCACCACCCGGAUGGUGCAAGAAGUUAUGAAAUUUUUGGAUGAGACUCCCAACUUGGAUGUCAAACUGUCUGUUAUCGAGACGCUGCGGACGGUGACUGAAGGAAAGAUCUUUGUCGAAGUCGAGCGCGCCCGAGUGACGCGGAUCCUAUCAAAUAUCAAGAAGACCCAAGGCGACCUCAAUGCGGCCGCAGAUAUCCUUUGCGAGCUGCAGGUGGAGACCUUCGGAUCGAUGACCCGCCGCGAAAAGACCGAGUUUAUUUUGGAGCAAGUGGGAUUGUGUAUUGAGCGCGGAGAUUGGACACAGGCCUCGAUUCUCAUCCGGAAGAUCAAUAAACGGUACUUCAACCGCAAGCCGAAGAAGAGCCCCGAGGAGAUAGAGAAGCUUAAGAAGGAGGCGGAGGAGCGAGAAAAGACCCGUGGGCCUGAUGAGGCUCCUAUGGAAGUGGAUGACGAUGUCACAGAUCUGAAGCUCCGUUAUUACGACCAGCAGAUUACCCUUGCCAACCACGACUACAAGUAUCUCGAUGUCUGCAAACACUACCGAGAAGUUUUGGAUACCGAGGCGGUCGAGAACAGCCCCGAGCAGCUGCGCGCAGCCCUCGCCCGCAUCGUUUAUUACAUUGUCCUCUCCCCCUACGACAACGAGCAAUCAGACCUUCUUCACCGCAUCCAACAAGACCCCCGACUGUCACAAGUUCCCGAAGAAGCGCGCUUGGUGAAACUGUUUACCAUUCCCGAGUUGAUGCGCUGGCCCUUGGUAUCCGAGCAAUUUGGCCCCCAUCUCUGCAGCACCGACGUCUUCGAUGCUCAGCCUCAACAAGCCGCGGAGAACCAGGCCCACCGAAGAUGGCAGGACCUGCGCAAGCGUGUGAUUGAGCACAACGUGCGAGUUGUGGCCAAGUACUACACUCGCAUCCAGAUGCCCCGCUUGACUGAGCUUCUGGACUUGACUGAGGAGGAAACUGAGAAGUAUAUCAGUGAGCUGGUCACCUCCAAGACUAUCUAUGCCAAGAUCGACCGCCCUGCCCGGCUGGUCAACUUCGCCAAGCCUCGCGAUGCGGACGACGUGCUCAACGAGUGGAGCAGCGAUAUGAAGAGUCUGCUGGGUCUCUUGGAGCGUAUUGAUCAUCUCAUCACGAAGGAAGAGAUGAUGGCUCGCAUCCUGCCAUCCCGCGGCGACAAAGCCAAGGCUCGCUGA